AUGAAUGACAUAUUGUCUGAAUUGCAUAAUACUAUAGAAAAAUCCAUGGCAGAUUGGUCUCAGCUUCCAAAAGAUCUUCUGCUGGGGGGAGAGAUUCUGGAUUCUGUUGCCACGUUUCAGGGGGAAGAGAUUCUGGAUAUUUUCACACAAGAGUACUCUGGGGAGGUGGUGAUGCUCCAUCGUGGAUACAAUACAUGGGCUGAGAUCUCCAGUGAGCCAAAUUUCUUCCAUGAUAUUUGCAUUUUUAAAGGCCGGCCUUGUGUGGCAAAUGAAACCGGUCGGACUGUGAUAAUUGGAUCAGAUUUGAGCGUUCAUUUGAUGGCUGAGCCGGUGUGUGAUCGUUUUUUCGAUGGCUACCUUCACAUUAUGGUGGAAAAUGAGUCUGAGUUGUUGCUAGUUCACAAAACUAAUGAUUUGUAUGAUAGCUUUCGGGAUGAGUAUGAUAAUCAUCAUGUUGAAGUGCGAGUAACGUUUGAAGUGUUUAGGCUUGACCAGAAAGAGAAAAAGUGGUUGAGGUUGUCAAAUUUAGGGGAUACAGUUGUGUUUUUUGGGCAAUGUGAUUCGUUCACUGCUUCUGCGUUGGAUUUGGGAUUUGACAAUGGGAAUUUUGUGAUUUAUUGUAACGAUGAUGAUGAUGUAAAGAGUGAAAUGAGUAUAUUUCACUUCGACAACCAUGACAAUUAUCCUUUGCCUGAUUAUCCAGAUUAUUUGAAGUUGUUCUGGCCACCUCCGGAGUGGAUCUUAUUGAAGAAUUAUAAUCCAUCUUUAGCUAGUGUUCGAUACCACUUAGCCAUGGAAGGAGAGAUUUGA